GUAAUUUCUCGAAGAAUAUAAAUUUAUAGUUAGUAAUUUUCGUAUCGAAGCAUUAAUUUCCGGACUGGAAAAGUAACGUACAUCAAAAGAAGCACCGUUUGAGAAGAAAAGAAAAUUGCAGCCAUAGUGUUUCUUGCAGUCUCAUAAUAAUGUAAAGUAAAAUAUUAUUGCAUGAUAUUAACAUAAGCUUCCAUUUAAAUAAAACAAAUGAAAUUUUACAAGUAACAUUUAUAGAUUGUCAAUAAUCACUGUUUUAUUUGAUAAAAGAUUAUGAAAUUAUACAGAAAUGUAAUCUAUACCCUGCAAUUUGUACUUUGUCAGUUUACUAAUAUUAUUAGUUGGUAUCUUGUUAUACAAGAAGGUUUAGAUAUUUUUUAAAUAUUACCUCACAGUUAGCAAAUUCUAGAUGUCAUAUAAUUUAAUUUUUCUUGGUUUUUAAUUCCUUUUAUCUCAAUAGAAUACAGUACUCGUAAUGUCUCAUUAAAUCAUGUAAUAAAAUAAUCUGAUUAAAAGAGAUAAAUUAUAUUUAGAAAUAUUAAUAUUUCAGUAUACUUAUUUAUGCUAUACUUCUUUAAAUUUUGUUCUUAUUAAUGUAGUAUCUUAUUGCCAUCUUAAACAAUUUCAUUCUUUUAGAUCUCGUGAUUGAAUAUAUUAUCAUAAUCUUUUGUUUUUAUUGUAAGCAUGUUAUAACCACUUUAAAAAGUUUCGUGUUUUUAUGUAUUAUUUAUAUUCAAUUAUCAGAAUGUCACUGAUCAGUUGAAAGAGCAAUUCAGGGUCUGAGUCAUGCAACUCUAUAAGAGUUUGUUGAUAAUUACAGACCAAGGUUGCUGGAGCAUAAAAGGUGCCGCCUUUUAACCGUUGCCUUGUUGCCCUUCGAUGAAUCGCAAUGACCACCUGGCCGGUGUCCUAGCCUAUUUCCUGCAUGUAUAAAUUUUCAUAUAGCCACGAUCGAACGUUUACAGUGUAUCGCGACCGAUUUGGAGAACAUUAUCUCCAGUGGUGUGCUCGUGUUUCGAGAUGCACCCGCGUGCAUUCUACGUGUUCGUACUUGUCAUCCUUGUGACCGAUGGCGCUAGUUGCGACGACAAUACGAAGUGGUACACAGGCCUACGUACCGUGCUUCAGAAUUGUCCAUUGGAAUCCUGGAACAAUUCAGGGCAAGAUGAGUUUUUAGAGAAGUUUCGAAAAUGCGUGCAGGAACAUGCACUGGCUGCUUUGGAUGCACUUCUAGUUGAUGAUAUUAUACCAGUUUUCGAGGGGCUGGAUUUAGUAAGGUUCCACGAGGACAAGAAUUUUACGGACAAUUAUAGAGAAAGUGAGAUAGGGGAUGAUACCAAUUGGACAGCCGUUAUCGUGAAGCGAUUGUUACGAGUUUUACGCACUCAUGUGUUCAAAGUCGACGUGGAUUAUCUGACCAAUAAAAUUAUUUCCCUCUUUAAUAAUGAAGCAACCGAUGUAGAUAGCUACAAAUUCGAAGGCCGCAGGCGUCGCCACCGUCGUAGACAUAACCACAUGGUGCCGCUGAUGAUGAUGGGCUUCCUGCUGAUGGGUUCGAUCUUGAUACCCAUGGGUUUCCAGUUCCUCGCGGUUCUCGGUGGCAAGGCGUUGCUCUUGGCCAAAAUGGCCUUGAUACUGUCUAGUAUCCAGGGUCUAAAAAAAAUAGCAACAAAUGGCGUUAAUUAUGGACUGUAUCACGCCCACCCUGUGGCAGGGGGUUGGCACGAUAGAAGCCAUAUAGAGCCUCCAAAUUUAGACUUACCUUUUCCAUCGCCGCUUCAUCCCUAAUUAGAUCAUACAUUUUCAUUGUUGUUUGGAUUUUUCAUUGAUUCUACCUUGUGAAUGAUAAAAUGUCUUUGUAUCAACUGUUUGAAUGGUUCCUCUUAUGUAUGAGGUAAAUUGUAUGGAGCUUGGUAGACAAUCUCUGGAAUGGUAUCUAAAAGACAUGACCAUUCCUAUUUCUCGUUGCAUUUAUUGUCGUGGUUAUUGUUAUAAUGUUGAGGUUAACAAUAAGCGAUCUUGAAAGCACUUUUGAUCACGAGGUUUUAGAUUGUAUGUAGUUUGUUGAGAAGUACCUAGAUAGCUACUCAAGGUUACUGAAGAAGACUACCCCCGUCAAAUAUAUUCUUACGGUUGUUGAAUAAACUCGAACUUAAUUUUGGUUAUUAAAAUUUUUUUUAAAUCUUUUAAUUAUUAUAUGAUAAUACAAAAUAAUUUAUAAAACUAGUAUAAAUUGUUUACUCAUUUAUCUUAAUUAUUCAUCUAACAUUAUUCAUGUUUAAUUAAUAAUAUUAGUGAAUUGACAAGUGACUAGUUAUAGAGCAAUUUUGAAUAAAUAAUAUAGCAAAUGAUAGGGCACAAAAUAGUACAAUCAAAUGAUUUUCAAGUUUGUAAAAUUUUCUUUGUUUUACUACCAAACUUUUGCCUAUUAUACAUGUAUACUUAUUGUAAUUGUUUUUAAUAAUUUGUAACUUGUGAUUUGUAAAAUUUCAUUAAUAAUAUUAGUUCACUAAAUUAGGCCUAGAUAAUUAAUCUAAAAAAUUAUAUUGUAUUCUACAAAAAAAAUGUUUUAAAAGAUUACUAAAAUUCAUUUUUAUAAAGUCACUAAAAUUUGCACUUACUAAAUAUGUUGUAACAGUGACAGAUUUUUUAAAAUACUUUCACAAGCAUUUCAAAGGAAGAUAAACGUGUAAAUCAACGCCAAAAUCACUUGGUGGAAUUAAGGGAAUAGGAAGGGCUCUCUGUGGUAUAUUAAACAGCAUUGUUAUUGCUGCAACCAAGUUAAUAUUUAUUGAAAUUGUAAACGAGUUUUUUUUUCCUUUCUCUAUGGAUUGCAUUCCGUUGCAAGUAUUUGUUUAAUUCUAAAAAUAAGUGUAAUUUGUAAGAAUUAGAUUUGAGGAAUAUUCACGCCUUAUAAAGUAAUUAUUAUGACAAAAUAAUUUAAAUAAAACAUGUUAUAGGAA